AGAUCCAAUGUCAAAAGUAACAGGCCCAAUGCCUCAGUAUUGGAAUCCUUUUUCUUUCCUUCAGCAACUUUUUUUUUUUUUUUCGACAGUCAUGUCCGGACCAGCUUACUUGCACCUUGACUAUUUCUCUAUCCGAUUCGAUCAAAAGCAAGUCAUUCAUGCCAGGACUAAGGGAUUCACAAGAGAUUUCUCUCUUGUGACCCAACCUCAAGUAGUAGUCAAGUUUCGAAAUCAAGAUGUCAAAGUUUUCAACUCAUGUUAUCACUUGAGCUAUGGCUUAGGUUUUUUCUUCAAAAAACCCCUCUCUCUCUCUCUCUCCCCUAGCUCUUCUGCUUCUUCUUAGUCCCAUUUCCGAUUUACCCUCCAUCUUUUCCUCCACACUCUCUCUCUCUCUCUCUCUCUCUCUCUCCUAGCUCUUCUGCUUCUUAGUCCCAUUUCCUAUUUACCCUCCAUCUCUCUCUCUCUCUCUCUCUCUCUCUCUCUCUCUCUGUUUUGCUUCUGUCAUACCAUCAUCUACUGGUACAAACAAGAGAUACAAACGCAAGUUUUUCUCCCUGGUUAUGGUCAUGUCUAGAAGGACUUUACUGGAAAAGUUGGACAACCAGCUACCACCACUAGUGGAGUCACCUCCAGCGGUGCCGGUGGUGGUGGUGGUGGAGCAGCAAAGCCACUCCUCAACGAACCGGUCAAUCGAGACACUCGUGGUGGUGUUAGCAGUGAUCGUCAUAGUUGGUGUCGUUGCAGGGAUCAUAGCCCGGCUGUGCCGCAGCUGCAUUGACACCGAUGUUCCACCCGCACCUCCACCGGAAGCGCCGAAGCCACCGGCAACUGAAGCAGCAAAGAAGUGAGAACAGGUAGACAGAAAUAUAUACAUCAGUGGGCCCAUUUUGAAAGGGUCGUGGUUCUGUAGUGUUUUUAUGUGCGGUCCCUAGUCUUAUUCUGCAAACAAAAGUAUAGUGACACAGAUGACAGAUCCUUAGGUGGGUUAGGGUGUCUUUGAUACUGUGUUGUUGCAUAGCUGAAGAGAAGCUUGUCAGAUCAUACAGAAGAGAAGGAAAACCUGAUUAAAGAUGUUCUAAA